AUGCCGCCCAGGCACGACGUCACUCGCGAGCCCUGCCCCGGGCGCAUCUUGGAGGAUCUCGGCGGCGCGUUCGGGAUGGGCGCGCUUGGUGGGUUCCUCUGGCAUUUUGCGAAGGGAUGGCGCAACUCGCCCAAGUACGAGAAGUUCGCGGGGGGGAUGCUCUCCGGCUCGAUGAAGUCGCCCCUCGUCGGCUCGUCCUUCGCCGUGUGGGGCGGCCUCUACGCGACAUUUGACUGCUCGCUCAUCUACCUCCGCGGCGGAAAAGAAGACAGCUGGAAUCCCGUCCUUAGCGGCGCGCUCACUGGUGGCGCACUGAGCAUGCGAAGCGGAUGGCGCAGCUGCAUGAAAAACGCGGCGAUCGGCGGCGUUCUCCUCGGCAUCAUUGAAGUCGUACAACUGGCCUUUCAGCGUUCCACGGGCGAAGGCCCGACGCCCCGUCAGCAGUAUCGCCAGUACUUGGAGAUGGAGCAGGCGGAGCGACGCGCAGCGGAGGCGGGCUCGAGGUCGCCGUCUUUCUUUGGCGGACUCUUCUCUCCUUCCUCGUCUUCGUCCUCAUCGUCGUCUUCAUCCUCUUCUUCAUCGUCAUCCUCUUCUUCGGCCGCUGCUUCAUCGUCGUCUCCCGCGUCAGGUGGCAGCUUGCGGUCCUCGGAGUUCCUCACGGAGCGCACGGGCGUCUCCUCCGCGUAG